AAGAAAGAAAAAAAAAAACUGGAAAUGGCAUCGUUGACGGAAGUUUCACCGAUGAUUAAAAACUUGGAGGUCGGAGAUAACAAAGCGGCACAUCUGAGCUCCUCCGGCAAGCCUCCAAGGGACCUUUCUCUAAUGCGACAUUACAACAGCACUGCUUGGUUGAUCGAUUCCGAAGGAGACAAGAGAUGUGGUCCGGAAGGAGAACACAACUCCACAUUCAAACCUGUGUUCAGAUCUGGAAGUUGGUCGGAUAAAGGACCAAAGCGGUCAAUGGAAGAUGAGUUCAUCUGCGUGGAUGAUCUCACUGACAAUAUUGGAUCAUCCACAGGAGCUUUUUAUGGGGUGUUUGAUGGACAUGGAGGUAUUGAUGCAGCAACAUUCACAAAGAAUCACAUCCUGAAACUUGUAACGCAAGACAAACACUUCCCAACCAACACCAAGAAAGCUACCAGAAAUGCCUUCGUCAAAACAGAUCAUGCUUUAGCUGAUGCACCUUCUCUCGACAAAUCCUCAGGCACAACCGCACUCACCGCCCUCAUCUUGGACAAAACCAUGCUCAUCGCAAACGCAGGUGACUCCAGAGCCGUACUCAGUAAACGAGGCAGAGCCAUUGAGUUAUCCAAGGACCACAAACCCAACAGCACUUCCGAGAAGCUGCGCAUUGAGAAGCUCGGAGGUGUUAUCUACGACGGAUACCUUAACGGGCAGCUCUCGGUGGCUAGAGCUUUAGGAGAUUGGCACAUUAAGGGAACUAAAGGUUCGCUAUGUCCGCUCAGCUGUGAGCCUGAGCUUGAGGAGAUUGUGCUUACGGAGGAAGAUGAGUUUCUUAUAAUGGGGUGUGAUGGACUUUGGGAUGUGAUGAGUAGCCAGUGCGCGGUGACGAUGGUGAGGAGGGAGUUGAUUCAGCAUAAUGACCCUGAGAAAUGCUCUCAAGCUCUGGUCAAGGAAGCGUUACAACGUAAUAGCUGUGAUAAUCUUACUGUAGUGGUUGUUUGUUUCUCUAAGGAACCGCCUCUUAGGGUUGAGUUCCCUAAGUCACACAAGAGGAGGAGCAUCUCUGUCGAGGGGUUGGAUUUACUGAAAGGCGUUUUGGAUGAUUUGUGAAGGAACUGAUUGAACUGAAAAGUAAGAAGAGUUUUGUUUUGUUUUUUGUUAUGUUCCUCUGUUUUUAGCAAGGUCAGAGAUUCCAAGUUGUAUGCUUUUUAUUCUGGUUUGUUUCCAAAGUUUUGAUUCUUUUUGUAAGGAAGUUUAACCAUUUUUGUACGGUAGAUCUUUUACUUUUAAAAAUUGAUUUUGAAAUGGAUCAAUCCUUG